AUGGAGAAGAAACUUCGGUCUUCUCUUCAAUCUUCUGCGGAAGACUUUAUCUCUUCAGUCACGAAGCUCAGCAUCAAGACCUCAAAGCCCGCCAUUAAAAACCUAAUCCAUGGCAUAAAGCCCUCUUCGGACAUUUCGUCCUCUCUCCCGCUCGCCCUGCACCGCUCCGUAUCUCAGUUCAUCGUCUCCUUACUAAACCUUGGAGAAGAUUCCUCCCCUCCUCGUUCACCUGCCAACUCCCCUCCCGUCAAGCGCCUCCGAAGAUCCUCACGCCAGUCCCGCAAAUCCAAACCCGAACCCGGAGAACAAAGCGGAGAGUCCAACUUCGCUGGAAGGAAGCAACAAAUUCUCGAUUCCCUCAAAGUUCUUGGCUGCAUAGAAAUAUUCUGUGUUUCUCAUCCUAAAAACGCGUUUUCACCGCCUGAGUUGCUGCCCUCCGUUCAAUCGCUGCACGAUAAUUUGAUUGUCUUCGAGUCGGAUCCGGUAUUGUCAAAUGAGAUUGCGAGCUUAUGCGAGGAAUGGUGGAAGAGGGAUCUACCGGGUAGGGAAACUUUGAUAUCUCAGUCGUUACCCUUCCUGCUGUCGCGGUCACUCACGUUGAAGAAGAAAGUGGACGUGCACAGGGUUUAUACGCUCCGUGAUGCAUUCGCUUUGUUUGAUUUCGAGGACGAGAGCAUCGAGGACCUGAAAAUGUUGCUGAUGCGGUGUGUAAUAUCGCCUCUAUAUAUGAAGACGGAUGAUGGGAGGAGGUUCGUGGCGUUCGCCUUUGGGCUGAGCCGACAGCUGUUGAAGGAGGCAUUGGCAAUGAUAAAGGCGCAGAUCCCCUUCGGUAGGAAGUCGGUGCUGGAGGGUUACGGGGAAAUUCUAUUCAGGGCUUGGAAAUGGGUGGAAGGAGACCUUAGGGGAGAGAUAGAGGAUGGGUUCUUGCAGAGCCUUGUUGAGGGUGCGAUACAUGCAAGUUCUGCUGCGUUUGCGGCAUCUGUUAGGAGGGUUUUGGGAGGGUUUAUCACUCAGCGUACCACUGAUGGGGUUGAGAAACUUAUCUUUCGGCUUGCUGAACCCGUGAUAUUCCGGUCUCUGCAGGUUGCAAAUUCAAAUGUACGUCAAAAUGCAUUGCAUUUGCUCUUAGAUUUGUUCCCUCUUGAAGAUCCUGAUGCCACAAAAGAAGUGAAAGAUACACUUCUUGAUAGACAGUUCUUCCUCUUGGAGAGAUUACUCCGCGAUGAUUGUCCAGAUGUGAGACUAGUUGCAGUGGAAGGUGGUUGUCGUGUUCUCCAUCUAUUUUGGGAAAUUAUUCCUUCAGCAACUAUAACAAAGAUCAUUACAAAAAUCUUUUAUGAAAUGUCACGUGAUAGGUGCAACGAAGUUAGGGUUUCUACUCUGAAUGGCAUUGUUUACUUGCUUGGUAAUCCUCAAUCGCACGAAAUUCUUAAAGUGCUGCUGCCAAGGUUGGGCCAUUUGAUGCUGGAUAGUUCUAUCUCCAUACGGGUUGCUCUCGCAGAUCUUCUCCUCGUUCUUAGGGAUAUAAGAAAUUUCCAAUUUAACAAGGUUGUGGGGUAUGAUGUUUUAUUAUCUACACUUGCAAAUGACCAGCCUCAGGUUGCUCAGAAAAUUACUAGAUUGCUCAUGCCAUCAUACUUUCCCUCGAGGGUGACUACUGAAGAGGCAUGCAAUCGGUGUGUUACACUUCUAAAGAGGAAUCCGAUGGCUGGUGCAAGGUUUUGUGAGUUUGCUCUAUUGGAAGGGGCAUCUCAUAAAUCUCUUGUAGAACUUGUCAGAGUAUUUGUAGAUUUAGUUUUGUUGAAUGAUAAGCUGGAGGUGGACCAAAUUGAGGGUUUUAUAAUUGCUAUUGCUGGCCUUUGCAAAGCUCUAGCAAGUGAGUCUAGUUGUGGGAAUACCCUUAAAGAGUUGUUUACUGGUGAAAAUAUUAAGUCCUUGUUUGCUGCUGCAUCUACUUCACGUGCUCGCUCAUCUGUACUUGAUAUCAUUGGCACCACUUCUCUAGAUAAUGCUACUGGGAUUCUUGAAAAUUGCAUGGCCCUGGUAGCCAAUUGUAGUGGCUUGCUAGAAAAUGACGAAAGGCAAGUUGAAGUGAGGUCCGCCCAUAAGUUAUUGCUAUCUUGUAAUGCCUUUGAUGACAUGCUUGGAACUUUAUUAAGGCUUUUGCAGAAAGCUGCCUAUCGUUGUCAUAUUAAGUUUGGCACAGAAAUAAACAAGCAAAGAAUUUCUUCUGCAAAAAGAAAGAACUGCAAAUUGUCUAGUAAUUUUUCUGCUAAAUGGAAACACUUUAGCAAGAAAGCAGCAUCCACUUUUGAAGAAGAUUAUGCAACUGUUGUGGGAAUAGCUUGGCAAAUAAAAGAUUUGCUUAUAUCUGAGGAUACUCGGAAGGCCACAUUAGGUCCUCAAACUCUAGAACUUUUCCUUGCUCUAAAGGCUGUUUCAGAGGCCAGUAUUGUGCAGUCCAUGCAAUAUGAAUAUAUGGAUGCAUAUCCUGUAUUAGCAUACACGGCCCUUGCCUUGCAUAUGACUCUUCAGAAUCUAAGCAGCACAAAUGACUCUGGUGGUGAGAAGAAUGAUAGAAAUUAUUCAUCAAGGCCACUUUCAGAGACACUCGUGGAGCAGGCAAUGGAUCACUUGCUUGGUUGUACCGAGAAGCUGUUUGCAGCUGACUACUCAGGAAUUUGUGGUGAAUCAUGUCCAAGAUCUAAUCAGGAUAACAUUAAGAUAUCUAAUCGUCACAGAAAAAAGCAUCAGGAGCCCCUAAGAGAUGCUCUGCACUCAGGAAAUGACGGGUGCGACUACAGUGAACAAAGAAAGAUUGUUAGGACGGUGAAGAUACUAACAGCAAUUCUCAAGUUCAUAGUUGACUCCACCAUAGUGGGUUUUGUUUCUCACCUUCGUCAAAAAUGCUUAAAGUUCACAUCUGCCUAUUUGCAUUAUCACAUCUCCACUUUAGGGAGACAACCUGGUGAUAAAUUGCGGUUUAAGGAGGAGGAUUUGAAGGACAUUGCUACGUGCCUCAAGAGCUCGUUCAGUUAUGCAGCAAAGUUCCUUAACGUAGUACUUACAGAUACCAGUGAAACUUCAUCACCUCCAGUUGAAGUUUUUGACGUUGCAAAUGACCUGCUUGAUCUGAUCACAUCAAUUGAACUAUCUUUGGGCGCUACUUAUGCAUCGCACCUUGUUGCUGUAGCUAACUCAUGGCUUCCUGAUCUGAUUCUCGCAUUAGGAUCUCUUAGUAUGUUCAGGCAGACUGAAGUGGAAGAGAUGUCCCUAUAUGCAACUGAUCACAUAAAGUUCCACUUUCCGUUAUGGCCUUUACGUCUGGCAAAGUUCGAGCUUCAUAAAAUGAGUGAAGUUAUCCUGGAAGAGGAUGACAAAAUUUUGGAACCUGAGAAACUUCCAGAGUUUAGAAAACUUAUGGGAGUGAUGGUUUCAUUGCUAAAAGGAAAUCCUCACAUACUGGAUGCAGUAGGGUCACUUCUUUUGAUUUGCUCGGAUGUUGGUCUAGAAAGGAAGGAUUUUGGGUUAGUGCUGGGUCUGCUACAGUUCCUCUGUGUGCAGCUGGUUGGACAAGAAGACAAGCAGUGGAACGGGCUUGAUAAGAUGCUGGUGUGUCUUCCAGACAUAUAUCCUCGUAUAGAACAAGAAAUUGCUGAACGAAACGAAGAUGACGAUGAAAGGAAGAAAUUGUGUUUUGCAAGAGAAUUGCUGGAACCUGUUUGGAUGUAUCAUGUAUAUGAAACUGAGAGAUUUACCAUGAUGGACGAAUAGAUGGUAUUGAAACUUUAGUUUAGAAGUUCAAUUAUAUUGUUGAGCUUGGGGAAGGAAAAUAUGGAAAAGAUUAACAACUUUUGUUUUUCUUACAUAUAUAUAUAUAUGUAUAUAUAUGGAAAUGUAAAUAAAUUUCUUUUUGACAGCAGAUGUACCUACUAUUGUACAUGAGUUGGAAUU